UCUUUACUGGCUAAACUAAAAAAUAGCUUUCCGGUAACAUAAACAUUCACAUUUAAUAACGCGUUUCGGUAUCAGUACUGCUUCGUGAUACUUAGCAACAAGGUUGCUAACUUAAAGUAAUAUAAAAUAGCUCAGUCUGAAAGAUGAAAUGGAGAGUAAAGUGCCAGUAGUGAUUAUACGGACCUGUUGGUUUUGGACUUAGCGGUUGGUGUGUGUGUGUGUGUGUGUGUGUGUGAGUGAGUGAGAGAGAGAGAGAGAGAGGGAGAGUUAAAGUGGCCGGGAUGCUGCAGGUACCGUAUGGCGGUCCUGAGCGCGAUAAGCCUCUCUUCAGGCUGCCUUUCACCCUAUUCAUUAUAGGAACUGUGUGUCUGCCUUUCCUCGGCCUCGUCAUUGGCGUCGUAGUUUCAAUUCUUUAUAACUACAACGAAGCGACCUACACUCACUGCCAGGUCAACAACUACCUUCCAUCCAUUAGCGCAGCCAUUAACCUCACACCGCAGCGCUACAUCUGGCGCUUCUGCAUUGGCCUGCACUCGGGCUCGCGGUUCCUGACAGCAGCGACUUACUUCAAUUUUUACAAUCUGCGCUUUGCCAGGCAGAUCAUAGAGAAGCUUCUGAGCGCCUUCACUCUCCUCUGUGCUGUAACUGAGAACACCAGUCUGCUCCUGCUCACCUACGUCAGUUCUACUGAAAACUACAAUGUUCAUAAAUAUGGUUUCAUCACAUUCAUUGUCAGCUCCGUGCUCCACAUGAUGAGCACUUGCAGGCUGUGGUACGUGAUUAUGAAGUACACCAUUAGUACUGAGGAGAUGACAUCAUACCGCUUCAAGUCCCGCCUCUUCCUCUUAAACAUUGUCUUGACGUUGGCUGCUGGUUACUUCUUCAGGCGCCACAACAAGUAUUGUGAACCAGGAAUUUACACAUGCUUUGCUUUGUUUGAGUAUCUGGUAGUAGUGUCCAACAUGGCCUUCCAUAUGACAGCCUACUGGGACUUUGGAAGUAAAGCGGUGAUGGUGGCAGUGCCAAUGGAGAGCAAACACUUCUGAUUGUAAAAGAAUCAACAAAUUCAUAUGGAACCAACUGGGCUUCUUAAUUGAUAGAACAUUAUUUUUGGGCUGAAGUAAGUGUGUAAGUGUGUGUGUGUGUGUGUGUGCCAUUUUUAAAAUGUUUUUACGAAUGUGUGAGUGACUUACCCAAACACAAAAAAAUUGCUUUUUUUUCUUCUUCCAAACGAUACUGUAUCUGUGAUUUGUGUUUACAAAUUAUUUGUGAUUAUUUUGCACAAAUUUCUAUGUAAAAGAAAAAGAUAAUGUAAAAGUUGGUCAUUUUAAAUCUUAUAUCAGUAGUAGUAGUAAUAAUAAUACCCCAGAUUAUCUGUUAUUCAUCUUUAGUCAGCAGAGUUAAAAGUAAAAUCAUUUUGUAAUACAUUUUAUAUUCUGAAAUGCAUCUCAGGUCUGAUUUAAUGACGUGUUAAGGACGCUGUCUCAUUCUUAUGUCAAGAGCAGGAGGUUUUACUGACUACAUCAUCAGUACGCUUGAAUACCAAAGUCAGUAUUAUGAACACUUGCUAUUAGUAAUGUUUGAGGGAACAGUUCAGCCAAAAAUAAAAUGAUUGACUUUUUGAUGAUGAUUUUUUUUUUAUUAUUAAUUUUUUGGAUCUUAAGAUAUUUAGGCAUGCGAUUUCCAAAAUGCAAACUUGAUAGCUAUAAGCAUCCGUUACAUCUUUACGCUGUUAAACUUGGCGCUCCAGUGCAAAAUUUAAGAUACAUAGAGUACUGUGCAAAUGUCUUAAACCACCCCGAUCACAUUUUGCACCUAAAGAGCCAGACUUUCUUGUAUUUUAACUUUUUUGGCUUUCUUUUAUUCUAAUACUUUUGACUUUAUGUCUGGUUUCAGUCCAGUCCCUGUAGCUGACCAGUUUCAAAGGAUUUUUUAAAAACCUAUAUAGUGACCCGUUCAAGCAAAAAAAUUUAACUUGAGUCAUGAACCAGUGAGAAACAGAUGCAGAUGGUGACGGAUGAUCAGGCCGGUGAUUAGUAUACUGGUGAUGCUGAAUGUUGAGUGGUUGGAACAGACAAGAGGGGAAAAGAGGUUGCCGCUGAGGUUGUUACAACCAGUUAUUAGGCACUUUUCAGCCUGUCACAGUGGAACGUUUCUCAUUUCUUGAAUUUAUUUUAAAUAAUUUCAGUUAAUAUGAAGAAAUAAAUGUGGCUCAAGACUUUUGCACAGUACUGUUUUUCUAACAUUAAGCAUGAUGUUCUUCAAGUAAUGGUCGAGAAACACAACUGAAUGAUUCUAGCUAGAACUUGUGAGACAACCGAAAACUAUUUAAAGGGUCUACAUUUAACAUAAAGACUCAUGUACAGUGUUUGUACAUGUUUAUGUCCGGAUGUAAAGCAGUUUCAAUUAACUGCCAAACUUUAAAGUUAAUUUAAGAAAUACUUUCCUUUUCUAAAGGGAGUUUUCCUUUUCACUGUUUGUAUUUGGAAAUUAAACGAGCAUAUUCCA